CCCAGCCUGGACGGGGCGGACCCUUUUCGUUCCUCUCUCCUUCUUCUCCAUUCCUUCCAUCCUCUCGCUUCAUUUCAUUUUUCCUCCUCUCCCUCCAGCCCCCUUUCUUCGGGCUUCCUCCCCGCCUCCCCGGCGUGGAAAUCCGGCUGGGUGCCAGGUGGAGAGAAACAGGCUCCGUCUUUCAUCUUCCCCCCCUUCUUUUUUUCCUUGGGUCUUCGCCACCCCCCUCGACCCUCUUCCCCCAGCAGCGCCCUCCCUCCGGCCAGAGGCAGCCAGCAGGAUGGGCGAGCCCGAGGCGGGACCUGGGGGGCUGCGGGGCUUCUCCCUCGACAAGGAGUUCCUGCGCUCCCCCAAGGGGGUGGUGAUGGAGGCAGAGCUGGGCCUCUGCUUCCUGGUCUUCCUGCUGCUCACAGCUUCUAUUUCCGCCUACAUGGGUGCAGCCCUCCUGGAAAUUCUGGUGACGCUGGCGUUCUUGGGGCUGCGGGCAACGCACUACUACGAGCGGCUGACUCGCGUCAACUGGCCUUGUCUGGAUUUUCUUCGCUGCAUCAGCGCCGCAAUAGUCUUCACGGUAGUGGCCUUUGCCGUCAUCGCUGCCAGCCACGAGGGAUCUGCGGUGUCUGCCUUUGUCUUCAGCCUGAUUCUGAUUGCCGUCUUCUGUUUCGAUGCCUACAAAACAUACAGGGCAGAAAUGGGGGCAGACCAGGACCCAGAUCUGGGCUGAGGAUCCCUGCGAUCAACACACAGCUGAUGCUGCCCUACAUCCCUCGCUCCCCAGCCCCACAGCCUUUUUCUGCAGCUUCCUUGGCCCCUUCUCCCCUUCCUCCUCGGCUCUGAAGACGAUGCUUCUGCCAUCUUCCCACCAGGGGCCAGUGGGCUGCUGCUCACUGCUUCUGUGGGAGCAAAGGCCCACGCCACAACAGACCUCUGCUGAAUCCCACCCCCCAUCAAACUGGAACGUGGACCCUGGGUGGCUGAGCUCCUGGGUGUUUCCCCCCCCUUUCCCUUUUGUAUUUAACUUGACGAGGAGACGAAAUUAAA